UUUUACAACAGUAGAGUGAUGAGUAAUUAGAAUGAGUAAACAGCGGAUAAACUCCAUGCAGUAUAAGACAAACACGGUGUUGUAUGUUGGUGCUUUUUAACGGACAACCAUCGCUAUUGACAGUCGGCAUUCCUUGGUUCUUACGGUCAUUAUUUAAGAACGAAAUGGGAGCAGAGCAAAGUAACGAAACCUACAUGUCCACGUGGUCUGACGAGAGCGGUGACCAGUACUGGGCAGACUUCGAGUCGAAGCCGUUUUCAUCAGGCGCGUUUCGCCAUGCUUUUAAGGGACACCUGCAUGGCAGGGGCCCUCGUGGCGGGGACCAAUGUGUAGUCAAAGUAUUCAAGAGGGAAUACGCAAAGCACAUCACAGAUUGGACUGUUGAUGUGGCCACUUCGAAAAAAGCCCAGUCUCUGGCCACAAAGUUCAAUGAGGCUGUUCCCUCCACAAGGUCACUAAAAUUUAUGACCCCGAUGGUCGCCAAAAUGGAGAAGAGGGCGGGCUUUAAGUUACUCUGGAUUUUCGACAUUCCUGACGAAGAUUCAGCUAAAAUAGUUUUUCCAAACGAAUACGUAUGCAUGGAGCCUUUUUUGACUGGAACGUAUCAGAAGUUUAACGCAAAUAAUGGUUGGGUCAACCCUAACAUGAAUGUAUCCCUAAUCCCUGCUUUUUCUCACUGGACGUGGGCUCACAGCGGUGGGAAAUACCUAGUCUGCGACAUUCAAGGGGUUCGGGAUGACGACGAGUAUCUCCUAACGGACCCUGCGAUUCAUUCAGACGAGGCAGGAACCUACGGCAACGCUGAUCUUGGGCCUGAGGGCAUGGAGGCGUUCUUUUCUACCCACAAAUGCACGGAAUUCUGCAAGAACCUCCACAAACCGCGUAACAUACGCCGCCCUCGCCGCAUACGCCCAAGUCCUGGCACAACAUAUGGGUUUACAUUGUAA